CCGAGAGGCCUCUCGAGGCAGCAUCGCUCUCGUCGUCCCUUCCACUCCGGCGAAGCUCCGAUUCCGGCUAUAUAUAUGUGUAUGUAUAUGUGUAUGCAUAUGAUAUAAUAUAAUAUAUCACUCGCAUAUACAUGCACAUUAUAUAAAUACUCGCAGGCGUUUCCUCUGGAUUGUUAUUAUCGUUCUGAGAGAGAGAUCGAAGGAAGGCGUUUGUUCAUCGAGGGAGCGAUGACGAAUUCUCACGACGUGGUGGUCGAUGUCGAAGGCGACGGCGUUUUGGCUAAUCAUCUGAAGCGCGAGAAGCUCAUCAUUGAUACCGACCCUGGAAUCGAUGAUACCAUGGCCAUCUUAAUGGCAUUUCAAUCACCGGAGUUGGAAAUCCUGGGCUUCACAACAAUAUUUGGUAAUGUCACCACAGAAGAUGCCACUCGCAAUGCCUUGCUUCUGUGUGAGAUCGCAGGGCAUCCAGGUUUACCUGUGGCGGAGGGAAGUCCUGAGCCUCUAAAGGGUGGAAGGCCAUGUGUUGCCGACUUUAUACAUGGUUCUGAUGGGUUGGGGAACUUGCAUCUACCUCCUCCAAAAACAAAGAAAAUUGAGAAGAAUGCUGCUGAAUUUUUAGUUGAUAUGGUCUCUGAAUACCCUGGUGAAGUUUCUAUACUGGCCCUAGGUCCCUUGACAAACUUAGCAUUGGCAGUCAAAAGGGAUUCUUCAUUCGCGAAAAAGGUGAAAAGGGUGGUCGUACUUGGUGGUUCCUUCUUCGCUCUUGGAAAUGUAAAUCCUGCCGCAGAAGCAAAUAUUUAUGGAGAUCCAGAAGCAGCAGAUGUUGUGUUUACGUCUGGGGCUAACAUUACCGUUGUUGGAAUAAACAUUACGACCCAAGUGAAAUUUACAGAUGAUGACCUCCUUCAACUGCGGCAAUCCAAAGGAAAGCAUACUCAGCUCAUAUGCGACACAUGCAAAUUCUACAGAGACUGGCAUGUGCAAUCUGAUGGUGUUUAUGGGAUUUUCCUUCAUGACCCUGUCAGUUUCGUAGCACUAGUCCGUCCUGAUCUCUUUACGUACAAGAAGGGCGUUGUGAGGGUUGAGACUCAGGGUAUCUGCACCGGGCAUACACUGAUGGAUCAAGGACUAAAAAAAUGGAAUACAAGCAAUCCAUGGACAGGCUAUUCCCCUGUUGAAGUUGCUUGGACAGUGAAUGUGGAUGCAGUCCUUGAUUAUAUAAGAAAGCAGUUGAUGAAAUCGUGAAAGCUCGAAAUGGAAGGUCGGGUGCUGCCCCUAGUUACCACUGAAAAUACCCUAAUGGCCAUCUUCCUCUUCUCAGAGAUGACCAAGCGCAGGCGCGAAGAGCGAGCGAGCAAGCCUACCAUGAAACCUUGUGUUUAUUUGAAAUUGUAAAAUGUUUUUUGUAUGCUGUACAAUUAGACCUUUAAUGAAGUUAUUGACGAGGAAUAGUAAAUUCCUUUCGAUUUUCUGUGCAAAA